AUAUCCGAACUGACCACCCCCGAAAAUUUCCUGGGGUUUCCUUGACCCGUCCGGAUUCGAUUCCCGGUCCCCCGGAGCGGUAGGUUGUAACCUUGACCGCUCGGCCAUCCGGCCGUAGAUGUAGGUAUGUGAAGGCGGUGCUGUGCUAUAUUAUUUGUGAGUGUGUUUUUAUUUUUUCACUCCUUUUGUUCUGGAGACACUUAAGGGAGCCUUUUUAAUCAUAUCCGUCAUGAGUUCGGCCAGCACCACAAUGGAGCGGCCGAAUAGUAAAGGAUGGGUCUUGAUAUAUCUGGGACAGACACGAAAAAUUUCUGGUGUUAGUCGCGGGUCCUCAGGGUCCGCGAAGUAGAUGUAAUUGAUUAAAAGACUAUGUGUGAAAGACUAUUUGGGCUAUCACCACAGCUAUGACAAAAUGUAGUAAAACGACAUGGUAUUGAAUUUAAAAAAAGAAAAGUAACCGUGGAAAACCAGAUUGCGAGUCUGCUGCCGGAGAAUGUUCUUCAGGAGCGAUUACAUGUUAAUCAGUUAUUGUCAAUAGUUACACGAAGACUCCGAUUGAAAGUAAUCAAGCAGUUGCUCUGUAAAGUAAUCCAAGAAGAUUAAGAAGAACUGAAAACGCUAGCUUUUAUUUUAACUCUUUUCGCCCUGUGGGCGCUAAGAGGGCCUCUUUUAGCAAGUUCAUUAUGGAUUCGGCCAUGCCCAUAAUGGGGUGGACGGAUACUGAGGGAUGGGAAAAUCCUACUAAUUUAUCGACCCGCCCACAUUCGAACCCGGAUUCCCAGGGCGGUAGGCUGCCACCUUGACCUGUCGGUCAUCUGGCCGUCGAUGAAGACGCUAGCUAGUCUAUAUACACUUUCCGAUAUAGGUAUUAAAGCAACUGUUGGAGCAAUAGAAACUUACGAAAUUUUUAAAUUAUCGAGUUUAGAAAUUUCCAUCUCGAGAGAAGGAAUGAAAAUAAAAUAACGAAGAAAAAUAUACUGUAUAUUUUUAUAAUGCCUAUUUUAUCCGCUAGAGGUAUUUUCCCGGUAGCAGUUGGAAGAAUGUCUGCUUGCGAUGAAACAGGUGAAGCCGAAGACCUUUUAAAUGUUAUUUUUUCCGGUAGUUGUCCAGAAUGCUGGAAAGAUAAUCCAGACACAGUUUUAUAUUUAUCUGAAUUAAGUUCCUAUGGAUUACAGUCUCUUAGUGAAGAACCAGAAAAAUUAGCUGAAGAAAAAGCUUCAAUUUUAGAACAAACACAAGACCUUGCUUUUCAUAAUUAUAAAACUUUUAUUCAGACAGCAGAAUGUUCUCAAGAAAUAUUUCAAGAUGUAUGUAUGCUAGUAUUAUUGUAUUUGGAAAAAAGAAAUGGGAGACAGAAGAGAACAAGUGAAAAACUUUUUGAUAAAGCAAAUAAGAAGCUAAAAUCAGCUUUAGAAAAAAAUGAUUUUGAAGAAGCUAAAGUUGCUCAAGCAAUGGUACAAGGCAUUGAAGUACUUAAGAAGAAGGAAAAAGCCAAAAGUUCAGCUACAGAAAAAUAUUGA